AUGGAUGUGACACUAUCAUAUCCGUUCCACGAUCUUACAGUUGAAGGAGUUUAUCUAACUAAGGUAUGUUCACAAUUACCCUUGCUGAAAAUUUGUCGACUUCCAUUUGAUCAUAAAUAUGAAAUUGUUAAUCACUUAGGAAAAUAUUCAUUAAAAUUACAAAUGAUUUUACCGAACGUUUCAAAUACAAUUCAUCUUCGUAAAUUGACUAUUGAUACGCAUACAUCAUGCUUUAUCGAGCGUUUAUUAACGUGUAUACCAUUUAUUGAAAACCUUUCUUUUUGCGUCGAUGAUCCCUUGAUGAAUCAGAAUGAGAGUUUUGACACAAAUUCGUAAGUAACAUUCUUUUUAUCUGCAAUAUUAUAAUUAAUAUGAAUGGUUCUAGAUUACCUACCCCUAUCGAUUGUCAUCUUCUAUUGUAUUUAUCUCGUCUACAUGUAAAUUGUACAAAUAACGUUAGUUUUCAUCGAAUUAUUGCACUUUUAUCAUCUAUAUUCAGUCAACUUAUUCAACUAUCAUUAAAAUUAGAAGUAUUUACGUUUAUAUCGGAACUAUUUAUUAUAUUAGGUGAUACUAUCCAGCAGUGGCAGAAUUCAUCGCAAGCAGAAUUCAAGAAUUUUGCUA